GGCUCAGUGCAAGAACACAUAUCAUAGGUAGAUGAGGGCGUGUGAGCAGAGAGAGAGCCAGCUGUGUAAGGGGUAGAAGCUUUGAUGGGUCAUUGCCUCUGUGUGCACGCAGAGCAGGCUGACCAACAUCAACAGGAUGUGGAGCCUUUUCCAGGACGUCAAGGAACAUCCUCAAAGAGUGCGACAAAGCCUUCGCCGUCCUCAGAGCCAAGCAAGCCCGUUGGCAGCUCGGAGGAGCGGGAAGAGCAUCCCACUGUGGUAGUGGAGCAUGGCAUCAAGUACACUGGUCAAUGGAAGAAUGGCCUAAGAGAUGGUCAUGGACUCCAGGAGUGGCCAGAUGGAGCCCAAUUCGAGGGCAAUUGGCGAAAUGGCCUUGCCGAAGGUUUUGGAAAGUUCGUGCAUGCCGACGGUGAUGUUUAUGAAGGACAGUGGAAGGGAGACAAGGCAAAUGGAGAGGGUGUGUAUCAUCAUGCUGAUGGUUCCAGGUAUGUUGGCCAGUGGAGAGAUGACCAAAAAGAAGGACAAGCCAUAGAGGAAUGGGCAGACAAUUCACGCUUUGAGGGCCAGUACCGUGCCGGCAAGAAGCAUGGACACGGGACCUUUACCUGGGCGGAGGGUUCCUCGUACGAAGGGGAGUUUGAGAACAACGAGAUCCACGGUCAGGGCACGUACUUUUGGAAUGAUGGACGCGUCUACAGAGGGCAGUGGGCGAACAACAGGAUGAAUGGGACAGGAACGUUCACUUGGCGAGAUGGGAGGAAGUACGUUGGCGGCUAUUUUCAAGACAAGAAGGACGGGCAUGGUGUGUUUACCUGGCCUGACGGACGAGAAUAUGUGGGCGACUGGAAGGAUGGGAAACAACAUGGCAUUGGUGUCUUCAAGACUGCCAAAGGGGAUUUUCGCCGUGGAGAAUGGAAGGAUGGAAACCGAAUCCGCUGGAUUUCAGAGGCUUAUCGAGAGGAUGGGAACCAGCCGGGUGUGGAGGAGCGUCAGCGCCAGAACAACCCCCAGGCUGAGUCCUCAACCAAUCCUCCCGGGGAAACGUCCCAGCAUGUUGCCUCUGCCGCAUGAGCUCUCAGCUGAGAGUGAUUGCUUUCUGCAGGCAAAGACCUGCUGUUUGGAAGCAAGGAACAUUUUGACCUUAACAACUUCAAACCGAUUCCAA